CUGCGUGUCACAUUUAUUUCAGUCCGUCGAACAACAACAACAACACACGUGAGUGAAGCUGUGAGGAGUCGGUAUGUUUUCGUGUUUGAAAGAUAAAGUCGGGCAGGUUCUGUUACCUGGAGAUGAAUUCUCCUUUGAGACCGACGACACCAUCUCUCUAACGGAUCACGUGAAACCGGAGAAGGUGGUGUGUGGUCCGGGUCUGCGGCGGAGCGGAGACCGGCUGGUGGUGUGUAAAAGCGGCGUCCUCCGACACAAACAGCCCAACAUGUUCUGGAUGGAUUCACAGCAGAGGAGGUAUGUCCCAGCUAAAGGAGAGACCGUCAUCGGCAUCGUGACUGUCAAAUCAGGAGACGUCUUCAAGGUGGACUUUGGAGGAAGUGAGCAGGCGUCUCUGUCCUACCUGGCGUUUGAGGGAGCCACCAAGAGGAACCGCCCCAACGUCCAGGUGGGCGACCUGGUGUUCGCUCAGUUCAUCAUAGCCAAUAAGGACAUGGAGCCGGAGCUGGUGUGUAUGGACAGUUCGGGACGAGCCAAUGGGAUGGGAGUAUUUGGGGGAGGAGGUCUGCUCUUCACAGUCUCUCUGGGACUCGUCAGAAGACUGCUGGCCCCCCACAGCGAGGUCCUGUCCGACCUGCAGCAGCUGUUCCCCUGUGAGCUGGUGUUCGGGAUGAACGGCCGUCUGUGGGUGAAGUCCUCCAGCGUUCAGCAGACGCUCGUCAUCGCAAACCUGCUGCAGAGCUGCGACACCAUGACGGACCAGCAGAGGCAGCAGCUGUUCAGGAGGGUGGCACAGGGGGCGCUGUAGACCACCUGGACCACACCUACACCUGCAGAUACACCUGAACCAGCAGAGGCAGCAGCUGUUCAGGAGGGUGGCACAGGGGGCGCUGUAGACCAGCUGGACCACACCUGAACCUGCAGCUGGUGCCACAGAGGACAGUGUUUGAGUCCAGGAUGAAGCAGGUUUUAUAAUUAUAUGAAUGAAAACAGAUAAAAUAUACAAUCAAAAGUUGAGUUUAUUUUACUUUUUUUUAAAUCUGUCAAUCAACACAAACCAGUCUGUGAUUGGCUGUUGCUCCAGUGUGACUGAGCAGAGAGCCAAUCACAGCCCUGUUUGUGUGGCUUGACGGAUAAAGAUGUGACGAAAAGAGACAUUUUGAAAGUUUUAAGAAGAAAUAAAGAAAAGAAGCAGGAUGAAA